AUGUACGAUGACGCACAAAGGAGCAGUCGUAGCACAUGGGAUGGUAGUACUUUAGCUGGCGUCUUUAAACAGACUCUACCGGUAAUUGAUCAGUUGGUCGACCAGUUGGACGAUCAGUUGGUCGACCAGUUGGACGAUCAGUUGGUCGACCAGUUGGACGAUCAGUUGGUCGAUCAGUUGGUCGACCAGUUGGACGAUCAGUUGGUCGAUCAGUUGGACGAUCAGUUGGUCGAUUAG